AUGAUUCGCUGCUUGGAAUUUAGUUUAUCUGUGAGCUCAGCAAACGAAUGCGAAAAUCCCGGCCUUAUGGCUGACGAUGCCGCACGGGCGACCUCGGACCGCAGUGGGGACCUCCGGCCCGCCAGGAACUCGGAGCUCAACGGUCUUACACCAGAAGCAAGGUCAAUCACUAUGAACACUAAGAGGAUUUCAAUGUCAGCUCGGCAUCCUUACAGCGCAACUGCUUACCCUAGCACAACUUGCAAGGACAAUAAAAUUAUACCUUUAGCCAUGGCCUUGGUCGACGCUUACUACGUCUUCAGGGCCUUUACUGGCCUUGGGUUUUACUCGCAAUGGAUUGUCAUGAUGCAAAACGGCUCCUUCAUGACAAUGCUAUGGACCAAUCUGAAAGGAGUGUUUCCUACUGGCACCCCUGUCAAGACUUCCUGGACAGGCAUUUGGCCCGUUGACUUUGUUCUCGGCCUGCUAGUUGUCUUUUUUGGCGCCGUCAACAACGUGGCUGACUUGAGCGACCUUGGUCCGUUCCUAAUGCUGGUGGACCUGGUCUUUGCUCUGGUUGUCUUCAACAUCAUGACAUUGGUCGAAGAUCGUCGAAACAGGAAAACAGGCCCACUGAGAUACCCGGCGGUAUGGCAGUUCUUGUGGAACUGGUGUGGCGCGGCUUCCGUGCUCCCCGUAUAUUGCCACCUAUACGUGUCGAAGAGACUAGGCAGCAAGACUUCGCUCCUCUCAAACGACCAGGCCCAGGCCCUGCCACUUACGGCACUCUGGAGUAUCGUCAUUUCGCUCCCUCUCUUGCUCCCUUCAGCCCUGGGAGCCCAGCCGUUUGAUAUUCAGGAUGGUGUGGUAGUCUGGUUCUUUGGCCCGUUCUUCCUGGGCCUGUUCCAAGACCUAGUGAGCGUCCUGUUUUCGGGAGAAAGCUACAAGGGCAUCCGCAAGCCAGUGACUCUCGCUUACUGGAUUGUUGGCCUCACCAGCGCCGUGGUCCACAUUGGGGUUGCAGUGUGGGCUUACAAUGCUCCCGAGUUGUCGUGGUAUCGUGUCUACUGGCCUAAUCAUGCUGCUGUCAUAGCGGACAGCCCGACUUACAUGACUGAAGGCGCGAUGCUCUUCAUGCAGUACGACCACGUCCUCAUCUAUCUGUGUGUCAUCGGCAUGGGGCUGUAUAUGCUCAGUCCCCAGAAGGCUGUAACUGCUCCCUUUCUGGGAGAGAAGGUCAGGGCGGGUUGGCCGAUGGUAAAGCUCACUGCCAUUACCGCAGCGGCAGGGCCCGGAGCGGGGCUGGCAUGGCUGAUGUGCCAUAGAGAAGGGGAGUUGGAUGCGGCAGCCGAACAGAGGAAACGCAGAUGA